AUGGACCAAUCAAAACCUUCACAAUCAUCACAAUCAGCAGGACCAUCAUCACCUUCACUUUUACAUCCGAAUCCAAGACGUUUAUUUGUCCGUAAUCUUGGUUAUAAGAGACGUAAAGAAGUUCUGAUCAGAUAUUAUACCAAAUUUUUCAAUCAAUUUGGAGCAGUUGAAUUUUUCGAUGUUGCCUGGGAUCAUAUACGAAAUGCUGCCAAAGGUUAUGGUUUUGUGACCUUUAAAAAACUUGAAGAUGCAGAGAGGGUUCUUGCUCUCACUCCAAAAGAGUUAUAUGUCACUGGAGUCAAUAAGACUGUUGUAGUUUAUCCAGCAACCCAGAAGACAAUGGAAUUGAUUAAAAAUGAAUUGAAAGAAUUAGCUAUAGAAAGAGAGGCGGUUAGACAACAGAAAGAUGAGCUACUCUCCAGCCCAUUAAAGGAAACAUGUGAUGAACCAGAAGAUGAAGAAGCAAAGAAAGAGGAAGAUGAACCAAAAGAACCAGUUGAAAAUCCAAGUGAAUCUCCCGCCAAUAAUCCAGAAGAGAAAUUGAGUAAACUGACAAUUAACGAUUUAGAUGAUGUGACACUUUUGGUUAUUUUCGACCAUUUUCCAGUGAAAGAAAGGUUCCUCUUCUCGAUGGUUAAUUCUCGGUUUGCUCGGUUAAUGGAAACAACUUGGGCUGGAACAACAAGGUUAAGCUUCAGGGAAUCGUUUUGUCUUUGGCAAGGUCAAACUCUUGAUUCUAAUAUUUUAUUCAAAGUUCUCAAGAAAUGUCCAGGCCUUAAAACUCUUGAUUUCUAUCAAACGGCAACCACUUUCGAUGAUAAAACUUGCGAUAUAAUUGGGAGAUGUUGUCCUCUCCUCGAAAAGCUAGUCAUUCGUGAUACCGCUCUAAACAAAUACAGUGUCACCACAAUUGGAAAAUUCUGUCCAAAUUUAAAGUUUAUCGAUUUCGGUAAAUGUGAAAAUGUUACGGAAAAAGGACUUUGGGGACUUUUUCAUUUACGACCUGAUUUGGAGAAAAUCAUUUUAUCUAAUUGUGAAUUGGUUACUGGUCGUUGUUUCUAUUUAUUAAACAAUCUUUCGUAUCUUGAUGUAACUAAUUGUUCACCAGUUCUAAAUGCAAGUUACUCAAGAUUAGCUCAACACUGUGCUAAAACAUUGAAGGUACUUUUAGCACCACCGAUGACCAACGAUGGAUUAUCUGAUAUUUGCCGAAUUUUUUGUAAUCUUGAGCGCCUCGAAGUAGAUCAAACGGCUCUUGAUCCCUUCCUAAUUGGAUGUAAUCAUCUUGCCCAAUUAACCAAACUCGAGAAACUGAUCUUCCGUCCAGAACUUUCCGAUUUAAAUGAUGAAAAUUUUCAAUUCAUCUUCUCAAAUUUACCUCUCUUACGGGAAUUGACCUUGUUUGGUAACGAUAAUGUUACCGAUGCUUCCGUUACUAGUCUACCGGAACAAUGUCCAAAUUUAAAGUUAAUCAAUCUUGAAGGUUUUAAAUUUGGCGAUGCAACAAUUAAAUCAUUCGUUGCUUUUAAAAAUCUAGAAUCAUUAACAGUCUCGGGAAGUUUAAUUACCGAUGAAGGUGUUGCUCAUCUAUUAUCACAAUCACCUAAUCUUGAAUUACUCGGAGUCAAUUCUUGUCUUGGAAUCAGUUUGAAAACACUAUCCAAUGCUUACGAAUUAAUUACUCAAGGAUUGGUUAAUAAAAAGUUAAUCAUUUGCUAUAACAAUUGUCGAAUCCGAAUCAGCGAGUUCAAGGACAAAGAUGAUGUUCGACGAUAUGAAUCAAAGGACAUUUGGGGUUCCGAUGAAGAAUAUGCUGAUUAUCCUGAUUAUGAACCAGAAUUUGAUGAACUCGAGGAUUAUGAUCAUGAUUUUCCUUAUGCUGAUUAUCACAAUUACUCGGACGAAGAUGAUUUUAUCGCUGAUGGUGAUCUCGAUUUCGAGGAAGAAGAACUCACAUAAAUCAAUUGACAAUCGACUUUUUUUCACCGUCACCAUUUCGUUUUCACAAUUUCAGAGUUUUAAUUGUCAUCGAAAAUCACAAUUUAUAGUUUUUUACUUUUCUUCUGUACAUUAAUUAAGCUCAUCGAACACAAUCAACUCUAAAUCAUGAUCUCUGUUUCUACUUUCGUAAACAAUUUAAAUCAAUUGAUCUCUUUCUAAUUUUCUAUUCAAAAAUAACAAUUUAAAUAAAAAUUAUCUCCUUUAUUAGCUAA